GACGGGACGGGGCGGCGGGCCGCGCUGAGGCCCUGGCUUUCCCCCGGUCACUGGCUGAAGACUCCACUUGUCCAUGAAGACGUGCCCACCAUGUUUUAUGGUACUCACUUUAUCAUGUCCCCUCCCACCAAGAGCAAGCUGAAGAGGCAGAGCCAGCUGCUGUCCAGCAUGCUGUCUAGGACGCUGAGCUACAAGUCCCGGGACCUGGAUUCUUCCUUCUGCAGCGUCGGUGCCAGCGAUGACCCUGCGGAGCUUUCCACCCAGCUUUCGGCCCCUGGAGUACUGAAGGUGUUUGGGGACAGUGUCUGCACAGGCACCCACUACAAGAGUGUCCUGGCUACUGGCACCUCCAGUGCCCGCGAACUGGUCAAGGAGGCCCUGGAGCGCUAUGCCCUGGACCCUGAGUGUGCUGGCCAGUAUGUGCUGUGUGACGUGGUGGGCCGGGCCGGAGACUCCGGGCAGCGAUGGCAGGCCCAGUGCUUCCGCAUAUUUGGGGACAAUGAGAAGCCCCUCUUGAUUCAGGAGUUAUGGAAACCCCGAGAAGGCCUUUCCCGGAGGUUUGAGCUGAGGAAAAGGUCAGAUGUGGAGGAACUGGCUGCCAAGGAAGUGGAUACCACCACAGCAGGGAUAAACGCCCAAGCCAGGAGGCUGCAGCGCGUCCGCGCCAAGGGAACCCCGGCCCUGGCCCCUGGGACUGCCCAGAGCUCUCCUCUGCCCCGGCUGCGUCGCACAGUCAGCGAGACCAGUUUGAGCUCAGCACGCACCUUGCCCGACGCCCCCCAAAGCCCUGAAGAGCCCAGCCUAGACACCAUGCGCUACUCCCUCUUCCAGUGCCCGCACUUGCUGCUUCUGCAGGGCUACAGCCAGCAGCAUGACAGCUUGGUGUAUGUGCUGAGCCGGGAGAGGCACACGGUGGGCCAGCGCACACCGUCCAGCAAGCCCAGCAUUAGCCUGUCGGCCCCUGACAUCCUGCCCCUGCACUGCACCAUCCGCCGUCACCAGUCCCCAGACGGUGGCCAAGCAGGAGCCAAGCUGGUGCUGGAGCCCAUCGCCGGGGCACCAGUUUCCGUCAACUUCUCUGAGGUGGGCCGGAGCCCCGUGGCCCUGCAGCACGGCGACCUGCUCUCUCUGGGCCUCUACUACCUGCUGCUGUUCAAGGACCCGGGGCAGGCCCGUCCUCUGCCUGCUGGGGCCCUGGCCUGCCUCAGUGCUGUGCCCCAGAGCUGCAGGAUGUGCGGGGCAGCGCUCAGGGCCCACGGUGCCUCCUCCAUGCCAGCAGUUGUGCCCAGGCAGUGGCCACUGCUCCUGGAGUUUGAGCCCAAUAUGGAGGACAUGCUACUGCAGAGGAUCAUGACGUUGAUCGAGCCGGGGGGCGAUGGCCACAAGCUGACACCAGCCUUCCUCCUCUGCCUCUGCGUCCAGCACGCGGCCACCCGCUUUGAGCCUGGCGCGUUUGGGAAUCUCCUGCUCAAGAUUGCCAAGAGCAUCCGCCACACUGUCUGGGAGAAGACCAAAGAACUAGCGGAAAAGCAGGCGCAGCUUCAGGAGCCCAUCUCCUGGGCCAGCUUCUCCAUGGCCGACCUCAUUCCGGACCUGCAGCAUAUUCUGUUCUGGAUGUCCAACGCCAUUGAGAUUCUGUAUUUCAUCCAGCAGAAGUGCCCGCUGUACAUGCAGAACAUGGAGGAGGAGCUGGAUGUCACAGGCUCCAAGGAGUCGCUGUUCUCCUGCACCCUGACGGCCAGCGAGGAGGCCAUGGCGGCCCUGGAGGAGGUCGUGCUGUACGCCUUCCAGCAGAGCGUGUACUACCUCUCCAAGUGCCUGUAUGUCUGCCUCCCAGCCCUCCUGGAGUGUCCCCCAUUCCAAACGGAGCGCCGGGAGAGCUGGCGUUCAGGGCCCGCGCUGCCCGAGGAGCUGCGCCGCGUUGUGUCCGUGUUCCAGGCUGCCUCGGACCUCCUGCAGCGGCUGCAGCUGCACCCUGAGGUCGCCUCCCAGAUGCUCGCCUACCUGUUCUUCUUCUCCGGCACGCUGCUCCUCAACCAGGUCCUGGACAAGGGUCCCUCCCUGAGUUGCUUUCACUGGCCCAGGGGCGUCCAGGCCUGUGCCCGCCUGCAGCAGUUUCUGGAGUGGGCCAGGAGCGCUGGCCUUGGGGUGCCUGCAGAGUGCUUCUUCCGGAAGCUCUCCUGUACCCUGCACCUGCUGGCCACGCCCAGCGCCCAGCUUGUCCAGAUGAGCUGGGCCACCUUGCGGGCCACAUUCCCUGCCCUGGGUCCCGCUCAGCUGCACCGGCUGCUCACUCAGUACCAGCUGGCCUCGGCCAUGGGCCCCAUGAGUGCCUGGGAGCCAGGAGCACAGGACAGCCCGGGAGCCUUCCAGUCAGAAGACGUCCUGGAGUCCUAUGAGAACCCCCCACCCAUUGUUCUGCCAAGCGAGGGCUUCCAGGUGGACCUGGAGGCCGACCACCUGGACAGCAGCGUCUACCAGCACUUGCUCUACAUCCACCACUUCCUUGGGGGCCUGCGGGGCCAGACCAGUGCCAGCAGCAUGGGCAUCGAGGGCGUGUACCACAUCAUGCCAGAGGGGCACCUGGAAGGCCAAGGCUGUCCCCUGACUAACAGAGACCCCAGCAGAGGAGCCGUCGACAUCGCCCCUGCACACGCUCUUCCUGCUCCCGGAGCUCCCAGGGCACAAGGUCAUCUAGGAAGGCAUCCUGGCCGAGGGGGCCACAAGAGCACCCAGGCGGGUUCCCUGCACACCGACUCCUCCUGCCUGCUCACGCCUCCCAGCACUCCACGGGGCCUGGAGUCAGGAGGCCCCACCUGGCCAGAUGCCGGUGGCCCCUAUGGAAAAGCCCUUUCUGAAGGACAGGGGAAUGGGCUGAGCAGCUCCGCUGCUGUGGGUGUAGAAGGAGACACUGUCACAGCCACAGAUGAACCUCGUCUGGAUUCCUCCAGCCACAGUUCGAGCCCCGAAGACUUCUGCUACGUAUUCAUGGUGGAGCUGGAGCGAGGCCCCUCGGGGCUGGGGAUGGGCCUGAUUGAUGGCAUGCACACGCCUCUGGGUGUCCCCGGGCUUUACAUCCAGACCCUGCUUCCCGGCAGUCCUGCGGCGGCUGACGGGCGGCUGUCCCUGGGAGACCGCAUCCUGGAGGUGAAUGGCAGCAGCCUGAUGGGCGUCAGCUACCUGAGAGCCGUGGAUCUGAUCCGACAGGGGGGCAAGAAGAUGCGGUUCCUGGUUGCCAAGUCUGAUGUGGAAACAGCCAAGAAAAUCCGCUUUCGCACACCACCUCCCUAGUGGGCCUGAGGUUUGUUGCCUCGACCACUAGAACCUGCCUCAUUCAUCGGCCAACUCACAUCAAGCCAGUCCUUGGUCUUCUAAGCUGACCAAAGUAGUUCUCGUGUUGUGACCUCACGUUGAGGACCUAUUGCUAGUGUACAUCUUACUGUAUAUUUUAUUUAUAUGAGAGAUGACACUAAGUUGUUUUUCUUACAGAGCUUUUGUUUAAAGAUUUUAAUGGAGAAUUUAGAUUCAAUAAACUAUCUUUCAUAUUCUUA